ACACCGACCUUUUAGGUAAUGAAAACACCGUGUGUACAGUAGGUUAUACAAGUAGUUAGCCAUUAUUACACGUGCAACACCCCCAGCCACACACUUUUAUGAAACUGAACCCAUACUGAACUCAUAAAGGCUGGACGUUUUGUUGCCAGGUCUGGUUUUCAAAGGUACCUCUCAGAUAUCAAGGUACGCUGUUCGUGAAGGAUGCAUGUGCAGAGAGUCGUUCUCAACUCCCGACCUGGUAAAGACGGGGUGCCAGGUCCUGAAAAUUUCCGCCUGGAGGAGAUUAGUUUAACACCUGAGCUGAAAGAUGGGGAGGUUCUUGUUCGGACGAAUUACCUCUCAGUCGACCCUUACAUGCGAUGCAGAAUGAAUGAAGACACCGGCGCUGACUACCUGACUGCAUGGCAGCUGUUGGAGUGUUUGGAUGGUGGAGGUGUCGGCGUGGUUGAAUCCAGCUGCUGCAGUUCAUGCAGUGAGGGAGAUGUGGUCACUUCAUUCAACUGGCCUUGGCAGACCCACGCUGUUAUGAAAGGAAGUGUCUUACAGAAGUUGAAUCCACAGUUGGUUGAUGGACACCUGUCCUACUUUUUGGGUGCAAUUGGCAUAACAGGCCUCACUGCACUGCUGGGAAUGAGGGAAAAGGGUCAUGUGUCCAAAGGGGCUAAUCAGACUUUGGUGGUGAGUGGUGCAGCCGGUGCCUGUGGCUCCAUAGCUGGACAGAUCGGCCGGCUGGACGGAUGUGCCAGGGUUGUUGGGAUCUGUGGUUCUGAGGAGAAGUGCAAAGCUUUAGUGGAAGAUUUGGGCUUUUCUGCUGCCAUCAACUAUCGCCAAGAUGAUGUGCCAGCAAAGCUCAAAGAGUGCUGCCCUGAUGGCAUUGAUGUUUAUUUUGAUAAUGUGGGAGGUGCCAUCAGUGAUACUGUCAUUGAACAGAUGAACAAUGGCGGCCAUGUAAUCCUGUGCGGGCAGAUCUCACAGUACAACAAGGAUGUUCCGUAUCCUCCUCCCCUGAAUGAUAAGACACAGGAAACUCUGCAAGAAAAACACAUCACCCGGGAGCGAUUUAUGGUGCUCAGCUACAUGAGCCAAGCAGAAGCUGCCCUCUGCGAGCUGAGCCAGUGGGUUAAGUCAGGCCAAAUCAAGGUGCUGGAAACUACGGUGAACGGCAUUGAAAAUAUGGGAGUUGCAUUUUGCUCUAUGAUGAAAGGAGGAAACAUUGGCAAGCAAAUUAUAAAGAUAUCAGAGUGAAGAAAAUCACUUCCAGCAGAGGAUGCUCUCACCAGACGCCUUGGGAAAUUAACACACAGUUGCCUCUCUGUUACUGUCAUUAACACUAACUUAAUGAACACUGGUAAGACAUUAAAUUACUGACUCAAUGCCAGCUGAUUUACAAUGUAGAACCAUUAAUGAAAAAUCACACCAUGUUCUGUAAAACUAGAAAAAUAAAAUGUAAAGAGUGUAGAGAAGUCAGAUAAAUCUUGCAUUUUAAUACUAACAUUUUGAAGUUUGUGUGGCCGUAUGGUACUUUUUUAUUAUUAGAUGGUUUCAAAUCACAUCUAAAGCCUUCCAGUGUACAAAAAGCACCAUAAUAACAAUAAAAACACAUCAGAAGACG